AUGGCAGCAGUCACCCAGCCAAGUUUUCAGUCAACUUUCUCUCCAGGAUCCAACUUGGAACUCCAGAAAAGUUCUGCCUGUUGUUCUUGCCAAGAAAAAUGGAUUGGAUACAAAUGCAAUUGUUACUUCAUUUCUAAUGAAGUAAAAACUUGGGAAGAAAGUAAGAAAUACUGUGCUUCUCAAAAUUCCAGUUUGUUUCACCUGAAAAGAGAAGAUGAAUUUCAAUAUUUUAGGAAUCUCAGUAAAGAUGUCUAUUGGAUUGGGCUGCUUUAUGAUGAAACACGCGAUGCCUGGAUAUGGGAGGAUGGCUCUAUUCUCUCUAACAAUCUGUAA